AUGGCCUUUAGGUUGUAUGAGGAGAAGGACCACGUUGGAUCCUACCUGCAGUACAGAGUGACCCCUCAUGAACUGAUCGCCAAGAUUAUGGACUUUAUGGGACCAAUGAAGCAAAACAAGUUCAACCUUGCAGUGGAUGUGGGCUGUGGUAACGGAAAGGGAACCGUACUCUUGGCUCACUUCUUCAACCAGGUUCAUGGGACAGACGUUAGCCCUGCCCAGGAGGAGCUGGCUCGGGCCACUAACCCUUGCCAGAAUGUCUCAUACAGGCAACGUCCUGCAGAAGAACUACCAUUUGAGUCCGGCCAGGUGGACCUUGUAACGGCCAUGACAGCUGCCCACUGGUUUGACCGCCAGGAGUUCCUGAAGGAGGCUGACCGAUUGCUGAAGCCUAAUGGCUGCCUGGCCCUGCUGAGCAACACGAUGGACAUGGAGCUGGAGUACGGUGAUGCCACUAGCAACCUUAACAACGUCUGUAAGGAGUUUUAUGCAGCUUUGCUCCCCUUCAAAAACCCUUGUCUUGGCUCCAGUUCUUCACGAAUCUACUUAGAAAUUUUUGAUUCCUGCCCCUAUCUGGACAAAGAGUGGAACGGCUGUGAAAAGGUUUACAGGAUGGUGACAGUAAACAGUUUCAUUGGUUUGGUGGAGACUUUUACCAGCUACCAGAAGCUGAAGCACCAGGAUGCUGCUGAGGCGAAGCGUCUCUCUGAUGCCAUCAGGAGCAAGCUGCUCGCUGCCAUGCAGGUGUCCUCGCCAGACACGGCACUCACCAUGGUGGUCAAGUAUUUCUACAUGCUGGCAUGCAAACCUUGA